ACCGGAAGAGCCGCCGCCGCUCGCCUGCUCCUGCCUCGUGCGCCGCCGCCGCCGCGUGCUGCUUCCGCUCCCGCGCCGGCACCGCCGCAGCUCUCCUGCUCUCGCCUCGCCCCGUCCCGGGGCCCGCGCAAGCGCUGCUCCUGCGGUGCCCGGCCGCCACACCACACGCUUGGUCCAUCUCGGUUUAGUUAAAUUAUUGGCAUCCAAGCUUGCCGUCCAGUCAAAAUCUCCUUAACUUGAUGUUCGUAUUCAAGGAUGCUGGAAGAGGUGCUGCAGGGUGUGGGCUUAGCUGUUCAUGCUGCUAGGCCUUUCCAAACGGAGGCUCUGCAUGACUUCCUGUGCAUGUUUUUGGGUUUGCCCAUGGACAACUUUGGCCAUGCACAAACACAGCCAUCUCCUCUGGUACCGUUUCAGCAGCCAUCUCCUCUGGUAUUGUUUCAGCAAACAUUUACCAUCGUUGUCACUGAUUCGUCUUUGCGUGGCGAAUUUUGGCACUCACUUAUCACCCGAGAGAUCAAGAAAGCAAGGGGUUCGUGGCAUCCAUGAUGCAUUGAGAGUCAUGCACCUCGUGCCAGGGAAGGCAUAUAAUGGCAAGGAGGAAGGUCCAUCUCACCGCCGCCUUAUCAAUGACUGUAUGCAUGACAUCUUGGGAGUUCAGCCAGAAAAUCGUGCUAUGCGUAAUGGAAAAGUACAGUUUGUUGGCUCAAGCAAUAAUACAGAGCAAAUUUUACCCAAUACCGUUGAUUCUAAUGAUAUCUCUGCUUGUCCUUCCAUUAAUAAGCUCGCAAAGGGAAACAAGUUUAUGCUACUUGUGGAGCUGCAUAGGAGAGGAAUGAGUGCGGAUAUAUCUAUUUUAGCAUCUGCCAUGAGCUUUUGUGCUGUUAAGCAAUCCAUUAGGGGAGGUGUCCAGCUCCAUGCUCUACUGGUGAAAGUUGGUUAUGAAUUGUCAGUCCUUUCUGGCACCUCUCUAAUCAGCUUAUAUGCAAGAUGUUAUCAACUGGAGAAUGCUUGUCAGGUUUUUCAGAACAUGCCAGUUAAAAAUACCGUAUCGUGGACAGCACUCAUUUCUGGUUAUGCGCAGGAUAAUAAGGUUGAGCCUUGCCUCCAGGUGUUUCAGCUGAUGAGGCAGUCAGCAUGCAGGCCUAAUGACAUCACAUUUGCCACUAUCUUCAGUGGGUGCACUAACCACGCACUUCUUGCACUUGGUAAAAGUGUUCAUAGUCUAGAACUGAGAAUGGGUUUUGAUUUGUGUGUGCAUGUCUCAAAUGCACUGAUAUCAAUGUAUGCAAAGUGUGGGAGUAUAGAUGAGGCCCAGUCCAUAUUUGAGAGCAUUGCGUGCAAGGACCUGAUUUCUUGGAACUCCAUGAUAUUUGGAUAUUCACAGCAUGGCCUUGCUGAGCACUGCCUAAGCUUGCUAAAAGAAAUGGAGGAGGAGCACGUAGUGCCUGAUGCAAUCUCCUUCCUUGGCAUCCUGUCAUCAUGUCGGCAUGCAUGCCUUGUAGAGGAAGGCCGGCGCUGCUUCAAGGCAAUGAUCAGACUUGGAAUGGAACCAGAGUUAGAUCACUACUCGUGUAUGGUUGACCUCCUCGGCCGGGCAGGAUUGCUCGAUGAAGCAUGGGAUUUGAUCCAUACAAUGUCCACGUCCCCAAAUGCAGUCAUAUGGGGUUCUCUGCUGGCUGCCUGUAGGAUGCAUGGAAACAUUCCGAUUGGCAUCCACGCUGCAGAGCACCGUCUUAAGCUGGAGCCAGGUUGUGCUGCAACUCAUGUACAGCUAGCAAAUCUAUAUGCUAGCAUUGAUUGCUGGAGUGAUGUGGCCAGAGUGAGGAUGAUGAUGAAGGAGAGAGGACUGAAGACGAACACUGGGUGCAGCUGGAUAGAAAUUGGCAAUAAGGUUUAUACCUUCACAGCAGAAAACAGAUCAAAGAGCCACCAAGUAAACAAUGUCUUGGCUGUUCUUGACUGCUUGCGCUCUCAUAUGGCAUACAAGUAUGAUUUGCUGAUAGAUGGUCUCGAGUUUGAUGAGCCUGAAAUUUCAAGAAAAAUUAACAGCUACCCAGGUCUCCAAUUUAAUGGGCUGAAUGAACCUCUGGAGAAAACAACUGGGAAUGUUACCGCAUCGACAACGAUACACAACAAUAAAGAGUUUACGAUGCGCAUGUGUAGAGUUCAAUCAAGAGGUGCAAGAAGCAAAGGGCCUGCAUAGUAGGCGUUCAAAGACAUACAUCCAGUGAAAAGAGCAGUAUGGCUCUACCAAGUACCAACCUGUGGUGCCUGAAGGACUCUACCCUCAACUUGGGUAAACUCUGGAGCUAUCGAUAUGCCGCAUUCCCUCAGCACUGGAUCGGAAUUAUAAUUAUUGGCACGCAACGCCUGGGUAAAUAAAAUUGAGAUUUAUUGUAUUUUCGAUAUUUUUAGACCCUGUGAACAUAUCUACUGCAGUAUAGCUGAAUUCAUGGUAUCAGAGUAACAUACACCAGACAAGCUCAACAUCCUUUGAUCCGGCCUCUGCCUGGAUCCCUCCACCAGCUUUGACCUUUGCAACGUUGACAGUGACUUUUUAUACCUUUGUAAUGGCAGUAGAACGCAAACCUGGUUGCAAACAUGAAAUUAGCACCAAAAACACAAGAGACUUUGCA